UUCAAUUCAACUGCACCACGUUUAUAAUCAUUUGAUAUUACGUAACAUUGAGCUAAACUUUUUAAAUAAAUAUUACAAAAUGCCGGAGAAUAUAAUGAAAAUACCACAGAGUGCGCCCCCCGUCGCCAGGGCAGGCGCCGGAGACAUAUCAGAGAGAGAGCUGAGCAGGGAGCGUCAUAAGCUGACUACACCCACGAGGAUCCAACCAGCUCACCCAAAGAAGAAGCUGUUCUCCACUCCAGUCAGCAAGUUCACAGCGAAGUCCUGCGCGCCCAGCCCCAACCUGCAGCGCAUCAGAAGCUGCCUGAAUGACUACAAGAGUCGAACACCUAACAGAGCCGUUAAAAUUGGUCCCAAAGCUGUUUCAAUGGAGGAUCUGACACCCACGAAAAGAAUUAAAAGAGAACGAAUCGACAAUGACUUACCAGCUUUAAUGUCACCGGGGCUACACACUGCGGCCGAGGUCCGUGCCGCGGCCAGGAUUGGCAAAUUUCUAAUGCUCAGUGCCUGGAGACGUAGGCGGGAAGAAGUACGCUGUCUUAGGAAGACACUCGAAUUCCAAGUUUCGUGCUCGGAACGUCUCCGCAUCCAAGUGUCUACUCUGAAGUCUUUACUUGACUCUGACAACGCCAAGGUGCGGAUGGCGAUGAGAGAACUCGAACGACUCAAGCAGCGCAUCAAAGACAAGGAUAUGGAGAAGGUGGUCUUGGAAAGGGAAAAAAUGGCUUUGGAAAAAGACGUGUGCGCCGCACAAGAUCAAGCCUCUGAAAUGAGCAUUGGUUGGCGAAACUGUCGUAAUGAGUUGGAAGGAGCUUUAGCGGCCGCUGCGGCCGGGGACCACGUGCUGGCACUAGAACGGGCCGCUGCUAACGCGGCGCGGGCGCAGCGGGACCACGCGUACUCUAGGCUGUCAAUGUUAGAAGACGAAGUGUCAGAAUACGAAGCCCUGCUGUCUUCUGUCGAGGAAGAAGCGGCUGCGCUGCGUCGCGACGUUGACGAGAAGCAGCUCGCACUGCAGCAUGCUACGGAGAAGCUGCAAUUGGAGCAACAAGCUCAGGAGCGCAGUUCCCAAGAAUGCGUCGUGCUGGAGGAGCGCGUGUCGCUGGCGAAUGAGGAGUGCUCCUUGCUGCGGGAACAGCUGGCUACCCUGCGCCGCCAACAGGGGCGGCUCGCGGCCGAACUCGUCUCCACCAGGGAACAGCUCGACUGGUGGCCACGCCCGCUCACCAGGCUGCUGGGCGCGGCCCGGCGGUGGCUGCGGCGGCCGCUGAGCUUGCGGGAGGCUGUUCUGUGGUCACUGGUGCCGGCAAGACACGGCUGCUGAUCCCACACCAUUACUACUACCGCCAUACCAUUACUUUAUUCAGAAUUCUAUG